UGGAACUGUUCCGAAACUGUUCCUGGUUCUUAGCACUCUUUUCCACAGGGAGCGCAGCGGCGGAGUGGCUCAAACACUAGGGGGCGGUAUUUCUCUCUCUCUCUCUCUCUCUCUCCCUCUCUCUCGCAAACGCAUACCCUCGCGCUUGUUCACACGCACUCGCACCCUCCCUCCUGCCCACCACAAAGCAGUUAAAUCGGCAGGAAAACUGUAAGAAAGCAGCAGAGCUUAGUCCCGGUCUGCUGUGUUCUGGGCUGCAGGAGAAGGACUCGGAGAGGCAGCAGAGUUGGAAACUACUAUUUUCGACUCGAAGACACUUUUCCUUUUGAAUUAUCUCCACUUUCCACCAGUUUUAAGAAGAAGACUCAGAAGUAUAAGAAGCGAACCUUCAGUCGGAGAAUGAGGCUGGGUAAACGCUGGAGUGUGCUGCUGCUGCUGCUUUUGGAGCUGAGUGCUAUGGCACAGAAGCUGCCCACAAGAGACGAAGGGCUCUUCCAAAUGCAGAUCAGAGACAAGAUGCUGUACCACGACUCAUCCGUCAUUCCAGAUGGAGCAGAGAUCAGUGGGUACCUCUUCAGGGACACAUCAAAAAGGUACUACUUUAUGGUGGAAGAAGACAACACACCCCUGUCUGUGAUGGUUACACCUUGCGAUGCCCCUCUGGAGUGGAAACUCACACUACAGGAGCUGCCAGAAGAGGCCAGUGGCCAGGGAUCAGGAGAAUCUGAACCUCUGGAAGAGCAGAAAGAGCAGACGACCGUUGAUGAAGGAACAGAGCUUUUCUCCUACAAGGGAAAUGACGUUGAGUCCUACGUGGCUGUUAGCACGCCCUCUGGACUCUACGAGCUGGAGAUUCUAUCCACAGAGAGAGACAGUAACUUCAAGGUGUACGCCACCACGACUCCAGAGUCAGACCAGCCGUACCCCGAGCUGCCCUACGACCCUCGUGUGGACGUGACUGGCCUGGGCCACACCACCGUCACUCUUGCCUGGAAGCCUACACCCACGGGUUUCGUGAUGGGUCAGCCUGUCCACUACUGUGUGGUCAUUAACAAGGAACACAACUUCAAGAGCAUGUGUGCCGCAGAAGCUAAGAUCAGCGCUGAUGACGCCUUCAUGCUGGCUCCGAAGGCUGGCAGAGACUUCAGCCCGUUUGACUUCAUGCACUUUGGCUUUGGUCGCUCAGAGAACGGUUUAGGCAAAGAUCACGGACUAAUGAGCAACAAGAUUUCACGACCAUACGCAGCCAAGUCCAAAACCUUAGACAUUCAGAAGGUGUGCAUUGGCAAUAAAAAUAUUUUCACUGUGUCGGACCUGAAGCCAAACACACAGUACUAUUUUGAUGUGUUUGCCGUCAACUCUGCCACCAACACCAGCACGGCGUAUGUGGGAACCUUUGCCCGGACCAAAGAGGAAGCCCGUCAGAAGACGGUGGAGUUGAAAGAUGGCAAGGUAUCAGAAAUUUUCAUCAAAAGAAAAGGAAGCAAGUUUCUGCGUUUUGCUCCAGUUUCCUCCCAUCAGAGGGUGACCCUGUACGUACACACCUGUCUGGACGCCGUGCAGGUGCAGGUGAGGCGUGACGGUAGGCUACUGCUCUCCCAGAAUGUGGAAGGUGUCCAACAGUUUCAGCUGAGAGGAAAGCCGAAGGCCAAGUACUUAAUCCGCUUGCGGGGCAGCAGGAAAGGAGCCUCCACCCUGAAGGUGCUCGCCACCACACGACCCAGCGCCAAACAGCCUUUCCCUUCACUCCCAGAAGACACGCGCAUCAAGGCCUUUGACAAGCUUCGCACCUGCUCCUCUGUCACCGUGGCCUGGCUGGGCACGCAGGACCCUAACAAAUACUGCAUUUACCGCAAAGAGGUACCUGAUAACUACAGUGAUGAACAGAGACGUCGGGAGCAGAACCAAUGUGCCGGGCCCGAGACCCGCACGAAAUUAGAAAAGGUCCUGUGCAAGUACUUCCACAGUCCAAAUCUGCAGAAAGCUGUAACAACAGAGACCAUCACAGGUCUGGAACCUGGGAAGACCUACAUGCUGGACGUUUAUGUCGUUGGACACAGUGGACACUCAGUGAAGUACCAGAGCAAACUGGUUAAAACAAGGAAGUACUGUUAAAAUGACUCUGCAAAGAAUAUAUCUAUUAUAAAUAUAUAAAUAUAUAUGAAAUAAGUUUAUUUAACUAAGCGUUAUUCUACCGUAGAGUGUAAACAGACUCGCGCAGCUGAGGCCUCUGGGCUGUGACUGUACUUUUUGUGGAGAAACAUCAACUUGUAUAUUUAAGAUUCUAAUUCAUGAUGUAAUGCAUGGUGGCAUUGGGGUCUCCAGGCCGGUGGGCUUGAUACCAAUCUGCCACUGAAGCACAUGCAGCUACAAGGAGGACAAUCUUUCCAGUUGCAGUGUUUCUUUGUAACUGCAUGACACUUGCUCCGUGUCCCAUCAGGUUUGUGCAUUCCAGUGACAUUGGACAGAGGAGACAAAGGGAGCUGCCUAUGUUGUUGUGUAAAUCUCUAUAUAUGCACAUAUAUAUAUGUAUAUGUAUAUGUGUGUACACACGCAACCGCAAACAUUCUGUGUGACUGCGUGUGCACACGUUUUAGAAAAUAAUAUGAAUUAUUUUGUACAUUUUUUUGUCUGUCUUUUAAAUGAUAACUGUUACGUGGAGUUACCAAUUGUCGACCGUUCCAGACAUUCCCGACCUUCGGCCAGUGAUGCUGUUAAAGCCCCAUCGCGUCAAUAGUUUUGUGCUGGAGAUGUGUGUGUGUGUGUGUGUGUCACAUGUACUGAGUUGUCCUAUGAAUAAUAACGUACAUAAACACUUAAUGUAGAACAAAUCAUUUUGCCAUCAACCUGGGUGUUGCUUUUUUUACUCAGCAGUUUACCUGUGACUUAUUGUGUUUUACAGACUCAGGAACCCAUACAAGGAUUUGCGUCUAACUUUACCUGAACCUUUUAUUUAAGGCUAAAACAGAGAAUGAGUUUUUGCUGUACUUCUUUUUCCUUUAUGGCACCUGUAGUGUCACAAAAGUAUUAAUAAUUAAUUACCUCAAGGCAACAUAAACAUCAUAGUCUUUUAGAUAUUAAUUAUAGAUUUGCAGAAAAAAAAUCAGCAUGCAUCUGAGCUUCUUUAUUUUCUUUGUGUCGACAAGAGAGUAUUUGCAUAUUUUAUAGCAAAGAGUUAUGUUUUUUAAUGACCUAUCAUACUUAGAUGUUGUCCACUGCUCUUUACAGCUCUUAUUAUAUACUGUCUGUUUCUGUAUUCAAUCGCACAUGUAUUAAAGGGAUAGUUUUUUUUUUAAUUUGGUUGUGUGAGGUAUUGGUACAUUAGCACUGAUUGACACAGGAAUCACAGUUAAACAUCACACGGGAGCAGGUCAGUUCUUAUUAGUGAAAAUAAGGAUGCUCGAAAAUACUUCAAAAAGCUUACCAAAUAAAAAUAUGUAUCAUAAAUGACA